AUGACCGACAUGACCGGAUAUGACGGACACCCGCCAACUCAACCUCAAAAUGGGGUUACCAACAAUACCUCUCACUCUGACACCGCCGAACUUCCUGCCCUAACGCCGAACGACGUUGUCAUCGCGGUGAUGGGGGUUACCGGGUCGGGCAAGACCACCUUCAUCUCCCACUUUGCCCCAAGUGCACGGAUCGGUCACGGGCUAGAAUCAUGCACCUCCACGGUCAACAUCCACAAAGCCACCAUUGGCCAAGGCACCGUCUACCUGAUCGACACGCCCGGCUUCGACGACACGCACCGCUCCGACACGGACAUCCUCCGCGAGGUCGCCAACUGGCUGAACUCAGCCUACCAGAGCCGCAUCAAGCUCUCGGGCAUCAUCUACCUGCACCGCAUCGCCGACAACCGCAUGAGCGGCUCCGCAAUGAAGAACCUUCGCAUGUUCAAGCGGCUCUGCGGCGACGAGGCCCUCUCCUGCGUUGUCCUCGCCACCACCAUGUGGAACGUGAUCCCGUCCCCCGAAGACGGCGCCAAGCGCGAGCACGAGCUCAUCACUAAGCCCGAGUUCUGGGCCGGCAUGGUCGAGCGCGGCAGCAAGGUCCUCCGACAGGACAACGGUGCCGUCUCCGCCAUGGAGAUCAUGCGCUACAUCAUGUCGCAGCGGCGGCGCAUCGACCUCGACAUCCAAAAGGAAAUGGCCAGCGGCAAGACCCUCGACGAGACCUCGGCCGGCCGCGAGGUGCAGUCCAACAUGGAGACGAUGCGGCGCAAGCACGAGAAAGAGAUGGCGGAGCUACGGCAAGAGAUGGAAGAGGCACGGCGCGACCACGACGUGCGCGCGCAGCGCGAGAUCGCCGCCGUCCGCGCCGAGCUCGAGGAGAAGCUUAAGAAAGACCGCGCCGACCGCGAUAAGAUGCGGGUAACCCUGGAGGAGCUGCGUCAGCAGCGUGCCGAAGAACUGGCCAACGAGCGCGCGGCUGCGCAUGAGCGCGAGAUGCAGCUGUCAAAUCAGAUGUAUCAGGCGCAGUUGGAUCGGGAGAAGGCGACUAACCAGGCGAAUGAGUCGUUGAUGGAGUUGAAGCUGCAGUUGGCGAUAAAAGAGGCUGAUAAUAAGCGGUUGGAGAGGGAAGCGGCGGAGGCGAGGGAGAGGAAUGAGGGCGGUGGGUGUGUGGUGAUGUGA